AUGGCUCCGCAGGACUACAGCUCCCAGCACCCUCCUGGCAGGAAGUCCCGCCCAACGCCGGAAGUGAGGUCGUCGCGCCGCGAGCCGGGGCUGGGGGGACUCCAUCUCCCGGCGUGCCCGGCAGGGGCGGAGGGGCAAGCGCGCCGUCGCGGCGCGGUGGCUGCUGGGAGUUGUAGUCCUGGGCCGGCCGCGUGCGGGCGGGGGGAAGCGGGGCCGCGGACUCCAUCUCCCGGGGUGCAGCGCGGCGGCGGGGCCGCCGGGUGCGGCGAGGGGGGGAGCCAAGGGGGCGGCCGGGCGGGGCGGGGAGCGGAGUCGGGCGGCACCGGACGGAGGGAGAGAGCGGCCCGGGGUGCGAGCCCCGCGCGGGGCGGCGAGGCCAUGGCGGAGCCCAGCCCAGAAGAUCCACCCCCGAACCUCAAAGCGGAGACGCAGCCCCCCGAGAAGCGGCGGCGAACUAUUGAGGACUUCAACAAAUUCUGCAGCUUUGUCCUGGCCUAUGCUGGCUACAUCCCAUCCACCAAGGAGGAGAACGACUGGACCCCUUCGGGCUCCAGCUCCCCCCUGCGCCCGGAGAGCGUGGCGGACAGCGACGGCUGGGAGUCGACCCACUCGGACCUCCACACCAUCGAGACCUUCGUCAAGAAGGCCAAGUCCUCCAAGAAGAAGGCCUUCCGCCGGCUCAAGGCGGACAGCUCCCUGCUGGAGAAGAUGAGGCUCAAGGACUCCCUCUUCGACCUAGAUCCGGCCAGCCGGCAGCCGCCGGCGCCCCGGGCCGGCCCGCUGGGGGACAAGAGGAAGGAGAAGCGCUGCCGGCGGGCGGGGGCGGCCCCCGAGGCGGCCCGGCGCGGCCGGGGGGACUCGGCGGGCGAGAAACGCUCGCGCAUCAAAAAGAGCAAGAAACGAAAGUUGAAAAAAGCCGAGAGAAGCUCAAGGCCUCUGAGCGAGACGGACUCGGAGGAGGAGGGGGCUGGGGGGGCGGCGGUGCUGGGCCGGGGCGGGGAGGAGGAGGCCCCGUCCCCGGAGGAGCUGCUGCCCGAGGGCGGCUUCCCGGAGCCCAAACUGGGGGGCGGGGAGGGCAAGGAGUGCGGCAGCACGGAGACCAGCCAGGACGGCGACGGCAGCUCCAGCGAGGGGGAGAUGCGGGUCAUGGACGAGGAUAUCAUGGUCGAGUCAGGAGACGACUCGUGGGACCUGAUCACCUGCUACUGCCAGAAGCCCUUCGCCGGGCGGCCCAUGAUCGAGUGCAACCAGUGCGGCACCUGGAUCCACCUCUCCUGCGCCAAGAUCAAAAAGACCAACGUCCCCGACAUCUUCUACUGCCAGAAGUGCAAAGAGGGGGCCCGCAAAGCCGCCGCGCCGGCCCCCCGGGGCGGGGGGGAGCCCUAGAGACUGGGCCCCACACGGCCACCGAGCUGGAACCCAGCUGGACUCUCCCCCUCCCCUACCCCCGGAUCGCCCCGAGCAGAGGGGAGAUUCGCCCCCACAUCUGUGUGCUCACAUUGCCCCCGCCCCCGGCGGAUGGGGAUGGGGAAGUGAAACUGAGCGGCUGCUCUUUCCAGCCCCAGCAGAUGGGGCGGGGAAUUGGGGGUGCUCCCCCCCGGCCCCCCUUCCUGGCUGUAAAUAUAGAAGGAAAGUGGAGGGGUUUAUUUUGUGUGUUUUGUUUUUAAAUCUUCCCCUUCCUCCCCCAACCCCGGUUUCCUUUUUCAAAUGGAGACUUUACUCCUGCCCCCCCAAGUAGGUGGCAGAAGUGGGGUGCAGGAGGGGGGCAAAUCAACAAAAAAAGGGGGGGGUUGGUCAAGUUCCCACUAAGGGACCUGUUUUGAGGCUGGGCCAGUUGGUUCGAAAGACGCCCUCAGCCAGCCCCCCACCCAAGUGGCGAGGGGGGGCCCUGCCGGCAGUUGGGGGGCCCUCGCCGGACGAGGAGCAGUGGAGGGGGGUGCUCUGAGAGGGUCUCUGAAUAGACGGGUGCAGAUUGAAGAGUGGGGGGGGGGCGGCGCCAGACCUUGCUUGCCCCUAAUAGCUGCAGUGUCUCCUCCCCCACCCCGAAAAAGGAGACCAGAUCUCAGCCCCCCCCCGCCCCCUCCAGAUGGUUCUUUAAUCUGUGUUUCUUUUUUGGGGGGUGCAGUUCCAACCCCCCCUUUGUUUUAAUAAUAUUUUGCAGCUUAAAUGUAAAUAAAUAACGUGGACCCUUU